AUGCCAAAAAAAAUAUCAGUUAUUCCGCGUGAAUCUACCACGACUGAAGUAAUCGACAGAACAGAUGAUUAUCUGAAUGAGAUUUCAACCUUUCACUCAACUCAACUGCACUUUUUCGAUGAAACUGGGGUGAUCAAAACUUCGGGAAAUAGAAUUUAUGGCAGUGCGCCUGUAGGCGUACCCGCAUUCGAAGUGCAACGCUACGCGUCAAAUGCGAAUUACACAGUUAACUUAAUGCACUCGAUAACCGGGCUUGACUUUUUUUACAUUUUAGACGGGCCGUCGAAUGGCAUGGAGCUUCUGAAUUUUUUUGAUGAAGUUUUGCAGUUAGAGCGGGAAGAUGGAAGCGCUGUUCUUGAACGUGGGGAUUGUGUUAUUAUGGAUAAUUGUGGUUUUCACCGUGCUCGAUUUGUGGAACCCGUUUUGCGGGGCAUGCUUGGGCAUUGCAGGGUUGGACUUAUUUAUCAGCCUCCGUAUUCCCCAGAUUUCAACACAUGUGAACUGUGUUUCCACCAAAUCAAGGGCUUUUUGCAACGACACCAACUGCUAGCUGAGCAUGAAACGAAUAUUGCUAUUGCUGAUGUGUCGCUGCUCUCUCAGGAUUCAUUUCAACUUUCAUCACUGCAGGGAAGAAGGCUCAAUAAAAAGGUAACAAAACACAAGAAGACUAUCUCUCUCAUUGAAUCGUCAAAUCUUUCAAUCAACAAGUUAAUUUCAAAAGCAUCUAAUGAUAACUAUGUCUCUGACGUGGAGUUUGACUUGAUUCUUCGCGAGGUUAAACAGUAUGGAAUCAUGAAAGGUUUGAGAAGCAAUGCGAGUGAAGCAAGUAAACCAUCUGUUGAUGUCAAAGCUCUGAAAGAAGAGAUAAAGAAAGAAUAUCAAAGGAAGCUAGGAUCCCUCGUAAACCUAAAGAAUUAA